AUGAAUCCUUCUAAGGCUGAUGUCAGAUUGCCCACGAUUAGAGGGAAUCCCUGGACCAGAGUAUUUGCAAGACAAAAACCAGAACCACUCUUUCUAGAUCUCAUCACUUAAAUGCUCACGUAUUCGCCUAAAACAAGAAUCCAACCAAUUGAUGCUCUUUUACAUCCAUAUUUUGAUGACCUCAGAAAAGAAGGAUUCUCUAAUCAAAAUUUUAAGACCCCCAAUCUUUUCGACUUCAAUAAAUAGGAACUAAGCAUCAAACCAGAACUCUAUUCUAAAUUAGUCCCACAAUGGUAUUAAAAGCUAAACAAAUGAUGAAGAUUCUUCAAAACAAUAUUAUAUAUGUUAUUUAUCUUCUU